UGAAAAAUUAUAAAGAGAAAAAAAACUGGAAAAAGAAGAAAAUAAAAAUAAAACAACCCUAAAAAAUCGACAUCCCCUCGUUUUCCACUAAACCCAAAGAACGAACACUAUUUCUUCUACUUGUUUAUUUUUUUUUUCGUUGUCCGAAAAACGCAUAAAAAAAAAAAAAAAAACGAAGGUUGUGUAUUUUUCAGAAAUGGAAGCUUUUGACAUGGUGGCAUGUCUUGAUGACAAGUUACUAGACUUUGGCUCCGACGUCGGAGAGGAAGAUGAACAUGAAGAUAACAGCAAGAAGUUGUCAAACCAUAACUCUUCCUGUUCUUGUGCUCUUAACCAUAAUUGUUCAUUUCCUGAAUUUGCGGAGGAAGAACUAGAAUGGUUAUCAAACAAGGAUGCAUUUCCAGCUGUGGAAACAUCAUUUGUCGAUAUUUUGGGGACCGCAACGAAGCAGCAGAGCCCGGUGUCAGUACUGGAUAACAGCAACAACAGCAGCAACAGUUCCGGUAGCACAACCUUCACCAACGGAAACAUUGUAAGGUAUUGUUGUGUCAACGUCAAAGUGCCGGUAAAAGCCCGGUCCAAGCGUCUUCGUAAAUGUCGGGACCUAAGGAACCAGGAAAACAGCUGGUGGGUACAGGAAAAUGUGAAGAAUGCGAAUGUCACCGCAAAAGGGCCUGGUUCGAGGACUUUAGGAAGGAAAUGCCAGCAUUGUGGGGCGGAAAGGACACCGCAAUGGAGAGCAGGGCCACUUGGACCUAAAACGCUUUGCAAUGCUUGUGGAGUGAGGUACAAGUCCGGGCGCUUGGUGCCUGAGUAUCGUCCAGCAAAUAGCCCUACAUUUUCGAAUGAGUUGCACUCGAAUUCCCACAGGAAGAUAUUGGAGAUGAGGAGGCAGAAACAUUUGGGAUUUUCUGCAAUGAAGCCUAUGGAUAAAGGGUAGUGUUCUGGUGAGCUGAGCACUGCCAUUUUUUUCCUUUUUUUUUUUUUUAAGUUAGUUAAGUUACUUUAGAAGUGAAUUAGGAGUUUGGUUGUAGUGGGGCUAGAUUUGGUUAGUGAAAUUUACUAUUUUUGCUUUUGUUUUUUAUGAAGUUGAAAAUCCAUUAGGGAAAUUUUGACUUUAGUGUGUUUUGAUUGGUUGGUUGGUUGGAUGAUGAUUUCCAAAUACUAGAAAAGAGGGAAUAGUGUUUAAUUGGUUUUUGUCCAAUUCUUGAAUCAUUUGGUUUUUGGUUUUGGUCAAAAUGUGGAUUGCAAGAAUGAGGGUUUUGGUUGAUUUCUGUAUUUGGGUUGUAAUGCUCUGAUGUUUGAUUAUUUUGAGCUAACUUACUCGGAGAGUUCCAUGGGUGAACUGUAGCCUCCAAGGCUGUAACUCAAUUAAGGUUCACUGUCUGUUUUCAUGAAUGUAUCAAAUAGGCAUAAAGCAUUAAACUGUACCAUGGAAGAAUCUUUUGGGUGCAAUCCAAAAAAUUGCUUUUUCUUGUAACUUAAAUUGUUUUCUUCAUGCUGUAAUUCUUCAUCUGAGAAUGCUGGUAAGAUUUUUUACAUAGCCUUGGAUUUUAGGUGCACAAGUGAUCAAUUCAUUAGAUUGGUGGAGAACUCGUGGCUGGAUUUGUUCACAUGAUUGAUUCAAAUUAGUGCGUGAGGAUGAACAAUCCUUACCCAUUAUGUUUGCUGGCAUGAAAAGAACAAGAAGUCAAUAAGUUUUGCUUUGUUUGCAAACUUAAAAUUUCUUGUUCAAAUUUGGAUGAUUGGGUGGAUUUUGUUUUACAGAGGCUAUAGACCACAGUUAGUAUAUCUACAGAAAGUACAGAAGGAAUACUGACUUGAAAUUUUCCUUGGAAGGUCUGGCUUUUUGUAAAAAGUCGAUUGCAGCCAGAAACUAUCAAGUCAAAUAAGAUUCCUGAUUUAUUUUGUUUAUGGUAGGUGCGUUGGCUUGAUUUUGCUAGUAGUUGCACAUGGCAGCAUGCAAGUUGUGAUCACUUGGGAAUGUAUCAAGGAAUUUAGUUGUUUUGCAUAAAAAAUUUUCUGGUUAGGAAAAUAUAGGGAAGGAAGAAAUGCCCUGUAUUUGCAGUGUGAUGAAACUUUGUCAAUGUUUAUGAGUGUGUUUGUGUGUUUUCUGCAUUUUGUUUUUCUUUUUCUCUUAAUGGGUGAAAAGAGAUGGAAUGUGGUUAUUGAACAAAGCUAUGGUACAACAAGAAUAAUGGUGCUGGCCUCAUGAAACAUGUUGCUAAUGCUACCUAUGAUUUAGCUGCUGAUGGUAACUGGUAAGGCAUGCUCCCUUCCUUUCAUGAGGCUGGUAGGUAUUUUAAGUCUAUAACUCUGUUUUAGAAGCUUUUAUUGUUGUCGAGUCUUUCGAUUUUCGGUUAUGAUUAUAUACGUGCUUUCUGCAUGUAUUAAUUUGUUUGGCCCAAGAAAUCAUGUCUAUAUGAUGUGCUCUUCUGAAAAUCAUGUGGAGCUCAGCAGUGAAAAUGGUUUAAUGUGUCUACUUAUGCAGCCAUCCUUACUGAAGUUUGUCAAAGAGUGGCUGAUUAUCAUUCUGUAAAGUUUGGAUGCUUUCUUUUUUUUUUUUCUCUAAUUUAAGGUUUGAUUGAUUGGUUAUACUUGUCAUCUAUUAAAUUUUCUUCUUUCCCAAUCUGAGGGAGUUUUAACUUGAAGGCUGAAGCUUAACAGGUGGUACAUAGGAGUUCCCCUUUUCUAGGUGGAGUUGCUUUUCUGUUUGAUCGAAAGAGUUGAACAAGCUGCCUACUGCCAAGUUUGACUAGAAGAUCGGUGUUAGAAUUAUUCGGAAUGCUCUCAACUCUAGUUGGGGAAAGACUGUCAAAAGAUCAAAAUAAAAUGAGCUUCCACAGAAAUGACAAAGCCAAGUUGAUGCAGAAGUUAACAGGAGAACUGCAGCAACUAGUCCCUAGUUGUUGCAACAUUUUUCAGUUUCUCUUUUCCUUUUAUUUGUUAGCAUGCGAUAGCAAAGCAGGUUAAUUUUAAGCAAAGCAUAAACGACUCGACAUUCUGGAUGAAAUAGAGAAUUUAACAGCGCAAAAUGCAAGUUGAUAAGGAGCUUGCAGCCUUAGUUGCCUUUGGAAAACUAACUAGGGUGUCAAAUAGUUGACUUCAGCCUGCAUGCCUCAGCUUCAAGGAAUUCAGUUGUGCUUGAACCACGACCAAGCAUAUCCUCCAAGUGGCUGAUUAUCAUCAAACUUUGUAGUGGUUGACCCUGUUAUUCCUCGUUUCAUUAGUGGGAUCCAUGUCAUUGUAGUUUACUAAUCCUUGAAGGAUUAAACCCCUGUAAAAUCUGACUGCAGUUGUUCCACUAUAGCUUGCUUAUUUAAGCUCCAUUUGGAUUCAAAGGGAUUGACGGUAUGGAGGGGUUGGGACACUUUUUGGUACCAAUCAUGCUGUGACACAUUUUUGGAUGUCAUCCUGCACCUCCUUUGAUUCAUUGGAGGAAUCUCUGGCGGACAACUGAUCUUAUUUUACUGUAAAGACUAGUCGAUUGUCCUUCAUCAAACAGUCGGAUUACUUUUUUGAGAAGUGAAGUGCACGAUUAAAAAUAAAGUUAAAACAUUUUUUUUGGUAAGAAAAAAUAUGAGAGAUAGAUUACUCAAUUUUUCAAAUCAGAGUAUGAUAUGUCGUAUUUGACAGUUUAAGAUAGGUGAUUGCAAGUUACGCAUUUGAGAUGAUU